GGGCGGGGGAGCUCGCCCGCCAUGUUGUGUGUGGACAAGGCCCCCCAGAGGCGAGCUAGCCGCCAUGUUAAGUGUGGGCACAGAGCUCCGCGGAGGGAGAGGCCCAGCCGCCAUGUUAUCUGUGGGCAAGGCCCCCAAGGAGGGAAGGCCAAGCGGGGGCCUAGGUCUCUCCCCUUCCCUUACAGCAGGACCUGGCUCCUAGCGAGGAAUGGGUGGGUCGCACGAUAACAAAUCCCCUGUCUAGCUGCAGGUCCCUAUGACUUCGGAUCGCGGGGCGGCUCGCUGUGUAAGCACAGCCCUCACCAGUCCCAAGCCUGGCGAAUGGGACGCUCUGCCUCUCUUGUGGCUCAUCUCUGUGGCGGGUAGGUCAGGUCAUGUGACCCCGCAGCCGAGGGGGCGGGGCACCCGGAAGUCCCUAUUAUGACAGCGGAAAGUGCUUCCUCCUCCACACAGCCUGGGUGCCAGCGAGGUGGUGGUGUCUCUGAGAACAUUAUGAGGACAUUGAGAGCUCCGUGCUCUCAGUUCCAGUGACCUGUUCCGCCCCAAUCUGGAGCAGUAAUUACAGGUCAUGUGCUGUGUGCCAGCUAACCCACAUCUGCUGGAUGACUUCCUGAAUUUCUGAGCAGUUUCCAAGCAGCUGCCAUUUAAAGGACCCAAUUUGCCAGACAACCGGUUGAAAUUUCUCCUUCUAAACUGCCCUUCACAGCAAUCUUCAGUCUUGGAGCAGUGGCAUAGUUAAGGGCCCAUGUCUCACAACUGAUUGGGGAUAGAACCAGGUCUUCACUUUCCGCUGGGAUGCCCAGCACCCAGUUCUAGCCCUGGAAGGACCUGAGAUAUCAGACCUUCCACUUCCCUCAUUGUUAUGUCAGAAAACUAUUUUAAUGUUUAGAGGUCUUUACAAUGUAUUAUUUACAACUGUCCUCACCCACUGCAGCCCUGUGUGUUUGGGCGCAUAUAAUCUACGGCAGCCUACCUUUGUAGGUGAAAGGCCCUGAACAUUGUAUCAGUUUAGAAACCUAAAAUCUUGCAAACACUUUUACAGUGUUUGACAUAUAUAAAAUAUAUGUGGGGAUACGGUAGGCAUUAAGAAACCCUGCCUUCCCUGACUCACUUGUGCCUUCACUGCUUGUGAGUUAUGCAGCUACCCCAACAUCAGCCAAUAAAACCUUUGUAAUGGACCAGUAACAUUGUGUAUUGUGUGUGUAAAUUUCUACGUAGAGUAUCAUUUUAUAAAGCACUAGGAGCCAUUCAAACAGCCAGAUCUGGAUUGGCUGAAUAUUCCUAAUUCUCUCGUUCUGCCUCUGGUGCUAGCUGCUCUUAGAUUAGUUCUGACUGCUGGACUGUUCCAUUUUAAGGUUAUUCUGAGGGAAUGAAAGCUGCCAUAUUUUUCAUGAACUUAAUGUCAUUAUUUUGUUGUUUAUAUUAUAAAUCUUAAUAAUGUCUGGUGCUGUGAUGCUCCCUCUGAUGGGACUGUAUCUGCCAUGUGCAUGUAUAGCAGAUAGUAAUACAUCAGUAAUACAUAGUCCCAGUCACAGCUCAUCUGAGAAAGAACCAUUCAGUUACUCUUUGCAACCCUGUAUCCCAAAGCUCUUUGAGGUUUUUGGUACAUUAUCUCCAAACGGUAGUAACCCUCAGUGCAUGUUAGUUCAUGCAGGCCUCAUUUCUGAAGAUAGGAAUGGUCUUGGUGUACUACAGCACUCUCACCUUAUUGCUAUUGUUGCUACAUGACUUGCGGUAUUGUUUGCAUAGUUGCUGGUUAAUUCAGGAUUGGCCAAAUGUGUCCCACAGAGUCCAUAAUUCGGUGUAACAAGGCCACCCUAGUGUUUAAUAUGGCAAGACUGUCUGCAAAAACUACAGGUCGCAGCAUCAAUACUCAAGCUUGAGCUGAGAGGCUUGUCCUCCAGGCACUGCAGUUUGGAAUUUAUCGUCUCUGCAGCCCAUGCCACUGCAUAUGACUAACUCGGUGGCAAUCAACUCUGAUUUUAUGGGCAAAGUUUAGGUGCACUUGCGUUAACAUAGGUCAGAAUGAAAGUGAUUAUAUCUUGAAAAGUCUGCCAACUGAAAAUGGGCUUUAAACUACUAGAUGUUUUAAGCAAAAGUAUUGGGUGAUUAAAAUUGGAGAAGUAUCCUACUUGGAUUCUGUAUUUCUGUCUAAAAAGCAAGUGCCUGAAAGGUAUUACAUUAGCACAAGGCAAAGGUGGGGUUUAAAAGCAUAAAAUAAUCUACUGUAAUGGCAGGUACUGCCUGGAUGCAAAAUAAGCAUCCAAUUGGGCACUCUAAUCCUUCUGCCAACAUGGAGUCUCACUGAUUUAUGGGGAUCAUCUGGCAGAGUCAGCCUAAACAAAGACAAAUGCAGAGAUGGUGAUUUUCUCUUCUUUUUACUUAGAGUGAAAUUCCUUAACACAGGCUCCCUGUCAACACCUGUUACAUACACUCCCUGACUCUUCUGCCUUUGUUUACACUGAUCGCUUUCUGCCACUGAGACAGAUCUGGAGUGAAAAGCUAAAGAUGCUGCUGUUCUUCCGUAAAAGGAAACCCAGUGAUGAGGCCCGGAAGCGCCUUGAAUACCAAAUGUGCCUGGCAAAAGAAGCUGGUGCUGAUGACAUUCUUGAUAUAUCUAAAUGUGAACUGUCCGAGAUUCCUUAUGGCGCUUUUGCAACCUGUAAAGUUUUGCAAAAAAAGGUGCUGAUUGUUCAUACAAAUCAUCUAACAUCUCUGGUUCCAAAGUCCUGCAGUCUCCUGAAUCUCAUAACUGUGAAGGUUUUAGAUCUCCAUGACAACCAGCUGACAUCGCUUCCUGAUGAUAUUGGCCAGCUGACAUAUCUCCAGGUCCUAAACAUUGAAAGGAAUCUCUUAAAAUCUCUUCCACGGUCUAUAGGGGACCUCGCCCAGCUCCAGACCCUCAAUGUGAAAGGUAAUAAGCUGAAGAAACUGCCUUCUACCCUGGGUGACCUGCGCAGCUUGCGCACCCUUGAUGUCAGUGAGAACCUGCUGCAGGAAUUGCCCCAGGCGCUGGCUCACAUCCGCACGCUGGAGACUCUGACACUGGAUGCUUCGUCCAUGACCUACCCGCCAUAUGAUGUUUGCAGUGCUGGCACAGAGUCUGUCCAGCAGUUCCUGUGCAAAGAGUCGGGAAUCAAAUACUGCCCUCCCUCCCAGUAUCUUCUUCCGGUGCUGGAAAGUGAUGGAGGAGAAACAUCAGUGGAUGGUGUCGACAGACGUGUGCAUAAAUACAUGGAGGAAGAGAGCGAGUGGCAGAACAAAUUCUUGGAUUAUGAGAAGAGGAAGGAAGAGAAGAUGCUGGAGAAGCUGGAGUUCGAGCGUCGCCUGGACGUGGGGCAGAGGGAGCAUGCUCAGCUUCUUCAGCAGAGCAGCAGUCAGAAGGAGGAGAUUCUGCAGACUGUGAGGAAGGAGCAGGUGAGGCUGGAGAAAGGUCUGACAAAGCAUCAGCGCAACCUGGAGGGAGAGCACCUGAAGCUGCUGGAGCAACUGAAGCAAACGGAGCAGGGCAUUGCCAGCCGAAUUCAGAAGCUUCUGGAGGAGAAUCGGAGGCAGAAACAAAGUUCAGAAAUUUUGAAAUCCCUGGAGAACGAAAGAAUAAGGAUGGACCAGCUGAUGGCAAUAACGCAAGAGGAGACAGAGCAGCUACGCAGAAGGGAAGUGGCCUCUGCCAUGCAACAAAUGCUGGCUGAGAGCUACAAGAACAAGCUCAUCCACAUGACCUCCGAAUCUCGAAGGCAAGACCUCGUCAACCAGGCCUGCUCCAGCCUGGCAGAGAUGGAUCAGAAGUUCCAACAAAUCCUGGCUUGGCAACAGCUGGAUCAGAACAAGGCCACUAGUCAGAUCCUGGAGGAGAGUGAAAUGCAGAAAGCGGCCUUUGAAGCCCUUCAGGUGAAGAAGGAUCUCUUGCACCGGCAGAUCAGGAACCAGAUUAAGUUAAUAGAAACAGAGUUAUUGCAGCUGACACAGCUGGAGUUAAAGAGGCAAGAACUGGACACAGAGACACUGCAGGAGGUGAUCACAGAGCAACGCCGAGCCCUGAGCUACAUGCUGCAGCAGCUGCUCAAGGAGAAGAAGCAAAGGGAAGAGGAACUGCAACAAAUCCUGCUGGAGAUGGAGGCAAAAAGUGAAACGAAGCAGGAGAACUACUGGCUGAUCCAGUAUCAGCGCCUGCUGAACCAGAAACCUCUCUCACUGAAACUCCAGGAGGAGGGCUUGGAGAGGCAGCUGAUAAACCUGCUAAUCGAGCUGUCGGCUGAACAGUAUGUACCAAUCUUUGCCCAUCAUCGGCUGUCACUGGAAAUGCUCAGCACCAUGACCCUCAGCGACCUGGCAAAGAUUGGAAUCACAGAAACUGGCCUGCAGCGCGCGAUCCUCAGGCGAGCCCAGGAGAUCCUGGCUGUGGCUAAAACAAUCCCAGAGCUGCUGAAGAGCACUGAGACCAAGGGCCUUUCUGCCCCAGAGCCGAGCGCCCCCCCUGAAGAAAUCCUCCCUUCUGCACCCCAGCUGGAGCUGGACGAGAGGAAGUCUGAGUGCGUGGUCUGCAUGGAGCAGGAGGCCCAGAUGAUCUUCCUGAACUGUGGCCAUGUGUGCUGCUGCCAAACAUGCUGCGAGACCCUGCGCAUCUGCCCCCUCUGCCGCAAAGACAUCGUGCAGCGCAUCCGCAUCUUCCACAGCAGCUAGCCAGGGAGCAGCUGCUGGGCUCUUGGGGCUGGAGGUGCCAUCAGCUGGGAAGGCCUGCUGCCCGAGGCUCCUCGGAGGCCUGGGUGGGUGUCAGAUCUGCUCAUCCCCAUGCCACAGCGUAUCAACCACCCCUCCCAAUGUCACGUGUACACUUCGCACUGCUCAGAGCCUGUGACUGUGAGGCUGCUUUGGGGAGGACUGGAAUGUGCACUGUCCCCUCAUGUCCUGGGGGGGGGUAACUCCGGGGCUGAAUGUUCUCAUAUGCUCCUGUAGGCAUGUUUAGCCACACCCCUCUUCCCCCCACAGUAACCCCUGCAAUCGCCCCCUGUGCUAUGCAGAUGGAAGCAGAUGCUGCUGAGUGACUCAUGGUCUGUCUCAAGUCGGUGGAUUUCUGCCUCCCUUGCCUUGCCUGUCUGUGUGCUCCCAAGAUGCCUGGGGGGCUGCAAGCCCGUCCCCUCCCUGUCUAAUGUAUUUAUUUGCCUUCAGCAACAUGAUCACACUACACUGUUUCCUCCAAGCCAGAGGAGACUCGUUCAGUCAGUAGCUUCCUUUUGUGCUCUGAGUAGCUCCCUUUCUGCAUGGACCCGGGCACCUGGGAGACCAGAGCUCCUCCAUGGGGUGCUGUUGCUGGGAAAGGACAAGCACUUGGCAGCAAGCGUGGGAUUCUCUGGGAGCCCUAUCAGGCCCUCACACCCCGACUGCUCCAAGCCCUCACACUCCUGCACCGGAGGGAUCUGACCCUUAAGCAGCUGACCAUGCCGGGAGAACCAUGAUUGGCACCCCCGAUACACACACUUUAACCCAGCUCCCAUUGCAGGGGGAGGGCCCGUGGGUCUGCUGGCAAGGAGCUGUCUGUCAGGUUGGAUCUGCUAGCUAGACAUAGAGGGGGCUGGUUCUGAAUGUAAGUGUCUGCUCCAGUCUUGCACCUUGGACUGCAGGCUGAUAGCGCAGGUCAGGCAUGGACUGGGAGGGACCACUCCCGUCACUGGGUUUGGGGAGGGACAAACCAAGUAGCAUCCGUCAGCGAUGUGACUGGAGAACUUGCAGCUGACCCUGCAGGAUGGGGCCCACAGCUGCUCUGCACAGGUGGUCCCGCUGGAAUUGUGGGGCCAUUUGUCCAGCCCUGCCAGGUCCUGGCUGAAAAUAAAUGUGCAUCUCUGAGCUAAGGCUCUGAUUUCCUCGGGCCGCUGCUGCCGCCCUGAGCCAGCACUGUGGGGGAGAGCAGGGCACUCUUGCCAAAGCUACGGGUGGGAGCUAGCCAUGCAUGGGGUGAUGUUCUUGAGGGAGCUGUUGGCAGCUUUGCAUUGGGAGCAGGGCAUUUGGUUAAUUGCUUCUCCAUUUUAAUUAAUAAGUAACGAUUUCAGUAAGUCCCUGCUCUCUAGACCUUGACCUACAAGCUGAACCAGCCUGUCUCGUUCCUCCGGGCGCAGCUGGUUUGUGCUGGUGGCUGUUUACUCACGUUUUCUUAAGUGUGAGGGCAGUUGAAGGGUGACUCAGUGUUGGGUACUGGCCUUUUACCUCCAUGGGCCAAGGUUCAAAGCCUGUCCUGGAUCCCCAAUGGCAAUGGGACUGCUGGGAUUUCACUGGUUAUCCUCAUCUGUCUGCAUCAGCGAAGCCCAGCUCCUCAGAGCUGGUGGUGUUGGCUCACCUCCCUCCCAGAGACCAGCAGGGGGCACUGCGGGGCGGCGGCAGAGCUGGGGUGUGGGAAGGCCAUGGCAUAGGACUGGGAUAGGAGGCUGUAGGACUACGGUGCAGGUGGAGCUAGACCUGCUGAUGCCAGGCCUGGCUCUCCAGAGCAGCACUAGGCAGUUCCGUCACUGAUCUCCUCAGCAGCUGAGCUCUGGGAGGAAGGCUCUGGAACGUGGGACCCACUGGCUGCUUCUCUGGCCCCGGCCCCAUGACUGGUGAUGGCAAAACAGUGGAAGGCUGAUGGGCCCAAGGCUGCGAGACGUGCCUUGGGGGAGCUGCAUGCUCUCUCUGUGCCAUGGUCAGGUGGCAUUACG